CAGAGUUGAGUCCCGGGAGCCAAGAUGGCGGCGGCGGGGCCCUGAGCGGGGAGAGCCCGGCAGAGCCGAGGAGAGCGGGCGAGCUGCGGCGCGGCGGGCCCUGCAGGAGAUGGCAGAUAGAUACGUCAAACCUUUUGGUAAUGAUGCCCUGAGCUAAAAACUUCCUAAUUGAAGGGCUACCCUUCUCUGCCAACGACCAGAAUGCUGAGGAAGUUGUGGCAAGUGAUUGGAGUUGUGCUUCAACAAUUUCAGCAGUUCAUCAGUAUUUUAUCUGCCAACAAGAAGCUCUAUACUUGAUUGCACCAUGAAAAAGCUGCUAAUGAGACUUGUUGAGCAUAAAAACGCCCAUGAAAAACCAAAACCCAUUGUUUUCAAGUGAAGAAUAAUGAACACUAAGCCUCAGUGCUUUUUAAUCACCACUAAGAUUUUCCCGGUGCCAUCGUCAUGGCAAGCAGGCGAAAAUCCACAGUACCUUGCAUGGUCCUUGCCAGUGAACAGGAUCCAGACCUUGAAUUAAUAGCAGAUUUGGAGGAAGGCCCUCCUGUGCUUACACCAGUAGACAACUCCAGGGCAGAGAGUGUCUCAAGUAAUGAAGAGCUUCAAGAAUCAGUGACUUCUGACAAUCAGCAAAAUAAAAAAGUUGAAGGUGGCUAUGAAUGUAAAUAUUGCCCUUUUCAAACUCCAGACCUAAAUAUGUUUACUUUCCAUGUGGAUUCAGAGCAUCCCAAUGUCGUGCUAAAUUCCUCGUAUGUUUGCGUCGAAUGCAAUUUUCUUACCAAAAGGUAUGAUGCACUUUCCGAGCAUAAUCUGAAAUACCAUCCCGGAGAAGAGAACUUUAAGUUGGCAAUGGUGAAAAGAAACAACCAGACAAUCUUUGAACAAACCAUCAAUGACCUGACUUUUGAUGGCAGUUUUGUUAAAGAGGAGAAUGCAGAGCAAGCCGAAUCAACAGAGGCUUCUUCCGGAAUUCCAAUUAGUAAAACCCCUAUCAUGAAAAUGAUGAAAAACAAGGUGGAGAGCAAACGGAUCACUGUCCACCCUAACUCCGCCGAGGACAUUCCCGAAGAGAAAGAGAGUGACAUCCAGACGGACCAUGAAGAAACUGUUGAAAAUUUGAGCUCUUCAGCUUCUGAGUCGAAUACAAGCACUUCCGUUGUAAACAAAAUACAUCCAAACACUGCGAGUGCCAUGGUGACGCCCACAACUGUCCUUCCUGGCUUGGCCCAAGUGAUCACUGCUGUCUCGGCACAGCAGAACUCGAACUUGAUUCCCAAAGUCUUAAUUCCCGUCAAUAGCAUUCCUGCCUACAAUGCUGCACUGGACAACAACCCUCUUUUGCUGAACACCUAUAACAAAUUCCCUUAUCCAACCAAGUCCGAAAUCACAGUGUUGUCCGCUCAAGCGAAAUACACGGAGGAACAGAUCAAAAUAUGGUUUUCAGCCCAACGUCUCAAACACGGCGUUAGCUGGACUCCCGAGGAAGUGGAGGAAGCCCGGAGGAAGCAGUUCAAUGGAACAGUACACACGGUACCUCAGACCAUCACUGUUAUUCCCACUCACAUUUCCACUGGGAGUAAUGGGUUGCCAUCCAUCCUACAGACAUGCCAAAUAGUCGGCCAGCCAGGUCUGGUCCUGACACAAGUCGCCGGAGCCAACGCCUUGCCCGUCACAGCACCGAUAGCCUUGACUGUGGCAGGAGUUCCAAAUCCAACCAGCGCACAGAAGAGCCAAGUACCCGCUGCCCAGCCCACUGCAGAGACAAAGGCCACAACAGCUGCUCUUCCACCUCCCCAGCUGGUCAAACACGAGACCACGUUGGCACACCCAGAUUCCUUUGGCAUCCGGGCCAAAAAGACGAAGGAGCAGUUAGCUGAGUUGAAAGUGAGCUACUUAAAAAGUCAGUUUCCCCAUGACUCAGAAGUUAUCAGACUCAUGAAAAUAACCGGCCUGACCAAAGGAGAGAUUAAAAAGUGGUUCAGUGACACCAGGUACAACCAGAGGAAUUCCAAGAGUAACCAGUGCUCCCACCUCAACAGCGACCCCGCAGCCCCGAUUGUCAUAGACUCCAGCGAUGAGACCACGGAGUCCCCUGCCGUCGUCCCGGCUGCGGGGGUUCCUUCCCAGCACAAGCCAACCUGUAGUCCUCUCCCUGACUUCACCCCACCGAAGUUUAAAGAGAAGAGCUCGGAGCAGCUCAGUGCUCUGCAGGCCAGCUUUCUCAAUAAUUCUGUGCUCACCGAUGAAGAACUCAACAGGCUCAGGACGCUAACCAAACUCACCCGGCGGGAGAUCGACGCCUGGUUCACCGAGAAGAACAAAGCCAAAGCUUUAAAGGAGGAGAAAAUGGAAGUGGAUGAGAGUCACACAGGGAGUUCUAAAGAAGAAGUGGGAGAGACUUCUCCUGGGGACGAAUGCCAAGCGCCCAAGCCAGCCAGCGUGGGAAAGAUCUGUAAAAAAACACCUGAGCAGUUGCACUUGCUUAAAAGCGCCUUUGUCAGAUCGCAGUGGCCAUCACCAGAAGAGUAUGACAAGUUGGCGGAAGAAAGUGGGCUUGCUAGAACAGACAUCGUGAGUUGGUUUGGGGACACCCGCUAUGCCUGGAAAAAUGGGAACUUAAAAUGGUACUACUACUAUCAAAGCGCCAAUUCCGGCGGUAUGAAUGGCUUGUCAUCCCUCAGGAGAAGGGGCCGAGGGAGACCCAAAGGGAGGGGUCGGGGGAGGCCCCGAGGGCGGCCUCGAGGAAGCAAGAGAUUUAACAACUGGGACCGGGGAACUUCCUUUAUCAAAUUCAAAACUGGAACUGCCAUCCUUAAGGAUUAUUACCUAAAGCACAAAUUUCUCAACGAGCAAGACCUGGAUGAACUUGUCAACAAAUCCCACAUGGGCUACGAGCAGGUGAGAGAGUGGUUUGCAGAGAGACAGCGUAGAUCCGAGUUAGGGAUCGAAUUGUUUGAGGAAAAUGAGGAGGAGGAGGAAGAGGAAGUGGCAGAGGACCAGGAGGAAGAUGAAGAAGAAACGGAUGACAGUGACACGUGGGAACCACCGAGGCAUGUGAAGCGGAAGCUGUCCAAGUCAGAUGACUGAAAGCUGCCUAAAACAUUGGAAGAGAAUCAGUUCUUCAACUCAAGAUGUCUGAUAUACUGUGAAUAUGCCCAGUCUUUGAGGAUACUGAAAAGAUUUGGGGUCAUAUAUAUUCUGAAAAAUUAGGAUCCAAUACCCAAAAGAAAUAGAAUCUCAUGUUGUGCCAAAGUUAAACUACUGCAGUUGGCGGAAGUUCUGUAAUGUAAAUAGAACACCAAUGAAAAAAACAA